AUGCCUUCCACCGAGGCGAUCCCCCACAACAGCUUCGACACCAUUCUGGUGCUCGACAAUGGCUCGCAGUACACCCACUUGAUCACCCGCCGUCUCCGCGAGAUCAAUGUCUACUCUGAGAUGCUUCCCUGCACCCAGAAGCUGGCCGAUCUGACCUGGAAGCCCAAGGGUAUCAUCCUGUCCGGUGGCCCCUACUCUGUGUAUGAGAAGGACGCACCCCACAUCGACCCCGCCUUCUUCGAGCUCGGCGUCCCCAUCCUCGGUAUCUGCUACGGUCUGCAGGAGAUCGCCCACCGCCUGCACGAGGACAACGUCGUUGCUGGCACGGCUCGGGAGUACGGCCACGCCGAUUUGAAGGCUACCCGCUUCGGUGGCCACGUCGACAAGCUGUUCGAGGGUCUCGAGGAUGCCAUGACCGUGUGGAUGUCCCACGGUGACAAGCUUUGCAAUCUGCCCGAGGGCUUCCACACCAUCGGUACCACCCAGAACUCUGAGUUCGCUGCCAUUGCCCACCAGACUGAGCCUGUCUAUGGCAUUCAGUUCCACCCUGAAGUUACUCACACUCCCCAGGGUGGCAGGCUUCUGCAGAACUUCGCCGUCGGCAUCUGCGGCGCUUCUCAGAACUGGACCAUGUCUGAGUUCAUCGGUCAGGAGAUCAAGCGCAUCCGCGACCUUGUCGGCCCCGUGGGCCAGGUUCUGGGUGCCGUCAGUGGUGGUGUUGACUCCACCGUUGCUGCCAAGUUGAUGACCGAAGCCAUUGGUGACCGUUUCCAUGCUGUUCUGGUCGACAACGGCUGCAUGCGCCUGGACGAGUGCAAGGUGGUUAAGAAGGUUCUCCAGGACCAGCUGGGCAUUAACCUCACUGUUGUCGAUGCUAGCGAGGAGUUCCUGGCUGGCCUGAAGGGCGUUCAUGAUCCCGAGAAGAAGCGCAAGUUCAUUGGUGGCAAGUUCAUCGAUGUGUUCGAGGAGGAGGCCCGUAAGAUUGAGGCUUCGAGCAACGGCAAGGUGGAGUGGUUCUUGCAGGGCACUCUCUACCCUGAUGUCAUUGAAAGUAUCUCAUUCAAGGGUCCGUCCCAGACUAUUAAGACCCACCACAACGUCGGUGGCAUCGCCGAGCGCCUCAUGGCCGGCCACGGCCUGAAGCUCAUCGAGCCUCUGCGCGAGCUGUUCAAGGACGAGGUUCGCGAGCUGGGCCGCCAGCUGAACAUUUCGCCCGAGCUUGUUGGCCGUCAUCCCUUCCCUGGCCCCGGUCUCGCUAUCCGUGUCCUCGGCGAGGUCACCAAGGAGAAGGUCGAGAUGGCCCGCAAGGCCGACCACAUCUUCAUUGGCAUGAUCCGCGAAGCCGGCCUGUACGACGAUAUCGGCCAAGCCUACGCCGCCCUGGACCCGUCGCGGGCCGUCGGAGUUAUGGGCGACAAGCGUGUCUACGCUAACAUCAUUCUGCUCCGCGCCAUCUCCACCCGCGACUUCAUGACCGCCACCCCGUACCCCUUCAGCUACGAGUUCCUGAGCAAGGUAUCGACCCGCAUCGUCAACGAGGUGGAUGGCGUGUGCCGUGUGGCCUACGACUACACCAGCAAGCCCCCUGGUACUAUUGAGAUGGAGUAA